AGAGGAGGGGGCGGGGACAGGACUACGCGCCUGGAGGAAAAGGAGGAGGAGGAGGAAAAAAAGAGACCAUAGACUUCCACCUGGGCCUAGAGCGGUUCUUAAAGUAGCGGGGAGAGGCGGGCGGGUUGGGACCACCUUCAAUACUGGCCGCCGGCGGUAUCAUGGCGACCCGGAACGCCCCUCCCCAAGAAUAUGAAAGUGAUGAUGACUCUUACGAAGUGUUGGAUUUAACUGAGUAUGCAAGAAGACACCACUGGUGGAAUCGAGUGUUUGGCCACGGUUCCGGACCUAUGGUAGAAAAAUACUCAGUAGCCACCCAGAUUGUAAUGGGUGGAGUGAGUGGCUGGUGUGCAGGAUUUUUGUUCCAGAAAGUUGGAAAACUUGCAGCAACUGCAGUAGGUGGUGGCUUUCUUCUCCUUCAGAUUGCCAGUCACAGUGGCUAUGUGCAGAUCGACUGGAAGAGAGUUGAAAAAGAUGUAAACAAAGCAAAAAGACAGAUUAAGAAACGAGCCAAUAAGGCAGCACCUGAAAUCAACAAUAUUAUAGAAGAAGCAACAGAAUUUGUCAAACAGAACAUUGUGAUAUCCAGUGGAUUUGUGGGAGGCUUUUUGCUAGGCCUUGCAUCUUAAGGAUAUGAAGGUUCUAUCACAGUGGAGUCACCUCUGAGAAGAGAGAUGGUGGUGACAAGAUGGUCUCAGCAUUACCCAUUGACAGAUUCUCCAGGAUAACAAGAAACAACUAGCUGGACAGUACCAAACUCACUGCUUAGCAUUUUGCCAUCUGAAAUUUGGGAGAUUAGUAUCUGCUAUAAAACAAUCUAUAUGGGCUGUGUAUAAUAGUAUUCCUGAGCAAAACAUGGCUUUCAUUAUUUUCUAAAAACUUGCAUUUGUUUAAAAUUUGCCUAUAAAACACCACCGUUGGAUGUAGAUAUGGAGAGAGAAAAAAAUCUGUUGGCUGUAUUCCCCAGUGAAGUACCAUCCUCAUUUUAUUUAAAUAAGAUGUUCUCCAUUGUGCUUUUUAGUAUAGUGCCAAUAAUUUAAAACUUUGUAUUAUAGCUUCAACAGUAGGGCUGACUUAUUUUUAAAGAUAUGUUUGCAAUAAACUGAAGAACUGUAAUGCCCUUUUAUGGAAGGAUUUACAAAUAAUAGAAUUAUCAAAGAUAUUAAACAAAUUUAAUACCAUUUUUUAGGUUGUUUUUUCCUGCAGUUCUUACUUUGCUUACUAUGUAAUAACUGUAGUAAAUGCUCUUCUAGGGAAAUGCUCUUCUAGGGAAAUACAUGUCUAAAGCUCUUUUUCUUUUUUUUGAUGUCUGUAGUUGUAAAAAUAUCUUCUUGUAUAUAAGCUUCUAAUUUUUUUAUUCAUUUGUUUAUCUUGGCAGCCUGGGUAGAAUUAAUUAUUUUGAGGGUACAUAUAGUUGGGUCACUGAUUCGUUUUAUUAACUUUGAGUGAACCUUGUUUUUCAUUUUAAAAAAUCCUAAUUAUUAUUUUGACCCUUUCUUUACAAAGAGGUAAAAAAUCACCUUAAAAUACUUAGUAGUAUAGUAUGAAUUUAUUGUCUGAAGAACAGUGAUUUUCUAUAUAAUCAUGAAAUUGUAGUUUAAAGAGAAUCAUCUCUUUGAUCUAGUCUGAGAUGUAAAUGCUGAGGCUUUCAGCUUUUUAGGUAGCAUUUUAUGUUGGUCCCAACACUAGGCCGGUUGACUUGUUUCUCAGGGCCGAUAUCACACUCCCUCAGAGGGUCCUUGGCCUAGACAAGCUUUUUGUAUUGUUUGUUUUGUCCAGAGUUCUACGUUGGAAUUGGGAAAAACAGCAGAACAGCGUGUGUUGGAAUCUUCAGAUUGGAAAGACUUUGCAGAUACUCAGACUAUCUCCUUUUGAUAGGAAGUCCCUAUAGUAUUUUUUGUGUAUUGUAAACAUAAGCUAUUUCAUACUUUCAAGAUUGUUACAGUCUGUGUGCUUUCAUUUUUGUAAGACUCCUUAAAAUUGAAUGUGGGAUUGAUCUUCAUUUUCUUCCUUUACUCACAGCACCUCAGAUAAAAUGCUAAAUAAAACUCAGACUUUCUUAAUAUGAA